GCGACGCAAAACAAUCCAGCAGUGCGUGUGUUGUUAUCCAUGGGCUGCCGUGAUUGUUGCGUUAAAAAUUAUUUAUUUCACUUGUACUGUUCAGUGUUUAAGUGUUUCCAGUGAGUCGUGCUUUCCGUGUCCAAUAUGCAUUUAAAUAUCCGAGGGACGAAGCAUCCCAUCCGCCCGGGAAUCACCGUGAUUGGUUCGGAAAAAAAUGCACGCUACAACACAAUUCUGCUGCAAGAUGGGAGUAUUUGCCCCAAGCAUGCCAGCAUUCGCUUCGAUGUAGCUUCAAACAAAGUGGAAAUUCUGGACCUUUGCUCGGAACGCGGGGUAACUGUUGAUCAGAAACCCAUUGCACCAGUAAAUUGGAUCGAAAUCACCGCACAAAAUAAAUUGCAACUUGGCAGCGUGCUUGUUGGCGUUGAAAGCGAGAAUAGCAAAAAUGAUGACGCUUCAUUUCUACAUGGCGAAGAUGAAGAGGACAUCAUUGAUUGCAGUCUGGAGGAAACACAACCGCUUCAAGGCAGUCGAAAAAUUUCCCCCACUGCUGUCAUCUUAGGCACUUCCGGCAAACCAUCAUCAUCAACGGUUAUUGAAACGAAGGCUACUGUGCACAGACCCGCAUCAUCCUCAUCGAUCGACGAUGGGCGAACGAAUCGCCUGAGUAGUUUUCUGGUACCGGAGACCCAACAGCUAGAAGAAAGCAGAUUAUGCGAAGUGCCGGAUAAAACGGUCGUUCCCGCUGUUGGUGGUGGUGGUCCGCCAGCAAACGAACUGGACGAUGACGAUGAUUCGUUUUUCAUUCCGGAAACGCAACAACCGGAAGAUGAGCUGGACCGCAUGUCCGAGAUCAUUGAACCGAUCCUUCCAUCUGCAACGGAAGCGCCCGUUGAGCGGACUGCGGCCGAGGAGGAAUAUUUCCAAAUGACGGCCAAUGACGAUGACAACAGCAAUGACGCGAUGUUCAACAAUAAGUACGUUCAGGAGUCCCAGAACUUGAUGCAAAACUUCGAUGAAUCGUACAAGCACGAUGUUGUCGGGCCGAGAACUUCCAUAGUGCCGGAGCGUUCUGUUGAUUCCAUAUCGUUCCAGGAGCACCGUAACACAACGAUGGACAUGAGUGCUAUGGUGUGGAAUGAGAGCAAAAAAGAAUCGGAAAAGGCAGCUAAAUCCGUCGGUGACAAGGUGGUGACUAUGCCCAUUGCCAGUAGCGUACCUGACAAAGUGGAUGAUAGAUCCGUUACGCCGGAACUAAAUUUUGAUGACGAUGCCCUGAAAACGGUGGAAACUCGGUCCUCCGUCACGCCGGACAUACAGUUCAAGGAUGGUCCUGAAGCCACCCGUUCAGCCGAAACGCCGGAGUUGGGCUUUGACGAACCAGAAAAUGAAGAAAUUUCGCUCAACCAAGAGGGUUGCUUCAAACUGCCGAACGAUGUAUCGACCGAAUCGGUGAAGGAGGCGAAUGUUUCGCGCGUGGAAAACAUUUAUGAAAUGGAAACGCAACCGUUCAGGGUUGAGGACGCUUAUGACCUGUUGACACAGCCUCUACACCUACUGCCUUCAGUCAAGUCUGGUUCUGCUGGAUCACACAAUAGAACAUCAAACCAAAAGGAGCAGAAACGGGAAUUGGAGCCGUACGAUCUGCAGACGCAACCGUUGAUAUUGGAAAGGAAACCAUCGAUUGUGAAGUCAAUGAGUUUAACUGCUCGCAGCAAAAGCAAGCAAUCGCCCGAGAUUGACUACGCCAACAUGCCAACACAGCCUGAAACACCACCGGAGUUCGCCUCUAACUCGAACUGUUCAUCGUAUGGCACUCGCCGAUUCGCAGAAAAGGCUGCCAAAUUGUUGACCUUUUUCGGCACUGCAAAGCAUUCCCCGGCAGGCAAGUCGAAGAAUGCAGCAGCUAAAAGUCCCACUCCCGGCAUUGACUAUGCAGACCUGCCAACACAGCCUGAAACGCCGCCAGAACCAGUGCUUCGUUCUGAUAUAAUUGAUCGCAUGCCAUCGUCAACGUCGGCCAUUCAAAUAGAUGACGAUGAUCUGCUAACACAGCCACUAAGCCCACCGAAAGCAAUGCUGGACACUCCUGCAAUGGAUAGAGAUUGUGACCGAAUGGUUAAAACAUCUGCAUCACGCAAUCCGUACAAUUUGGACACGGAACCUUUGAGCAUUUCGCCUUAUGGGGAAAAAGAAAAGUUGGAGAAGAAAAAGUUAUUUGUGAAGCUGGAGGACAUACAAAAAUCUCGCCGAAUCUCGAAACCGUAUGAAAAUCCAUAUUUCAUGAGUACCCAACCUAUGCCGAAAGCAGCGGCCGAAAAUGCGUACGAUAUUGACACGCAACUACUCCCAGAGAACGUCACACUGCCGGAGGGCGAAGUCUCGCAAUUUAAUCCUCAAAUCAACAGUACCACCGUGCAGCAGCAGCGGGGAAAGCUGAGCAUACAACAGCAGCAGCAGCAGGCUCUGGAAAUAUCGCCGUCAACGUCAAACAAGGAAAAUCACACGGCCGAUACAGAUCGCACUACUGAUGACUCUUCGGGAACGGAUGACGAGUUUGGCCUGUCCGAGACCAUUCCGAUCGGUACACUUUUCAACCGCAAACCGGCCAACGUUGCAACAGCCGCAAGGGAGCUACCGGUGAAGAGUAAGUUUAAAGUACCGCUGUCAAGAACGGAAACGGCGGCGACACCCAAAGCAAAGCUGCACCGCAAGCGUCACUCUGUGGAGAUGUCCGAAUUUCUCACACCGGAACAUCCAGGGGUGUACCUACCGAAGGUGGAAUGUAUUCGCUCCGUGUCGGAUAGAAUAGCGACGUCAUCGUCACUCGCCGGCAAGAGUAAGCCAGCGUACCACUUUAACGACAGCAGCAGCAGCAGCAGCGAGGACGAGAGUGUUCGAAAUGUGUUCAAGAAAACGAACGUCAGCGUGGUGUUGGAGAAAGAGCUGGAAAAGGUGCGGGUGGAUGGGGUGUUGAAAAAGGAGGAGGAGCGCACCGCUCGACAGUUACAAAUCCGAUCGGACGAUAAUCAAUCGGAAACAAGCGAAUCAAAGGCGUUGGGCGAAUGCUCGGAUAAAAAACCAGCUUUCACCAGUGUGCAGCAGCGAACCGAGGUGCAGGUGAAGGAGCAUGAUGCAGAACCAUCGGAAAGAAAAUUGAGCCGACGUAGGGAAAUGGAAAAGGCAAAGUCUUCUGAGGUGGAAAAGAAAUCCAGCCGAACGGCCGGCAAAAGGGAAGAAGAAAAAGAGGCGAAGGUAAAGGGAAAAGAUGCUGAAUUUGUGGAAAGAACAUCAUCAAGCCGGCGUAGAGAGAUGGAAAAAGACAAAUGUGUUGAAGGGGAAACCAAAUCCAAAAGAACAACCGGCAGAAAAGAGGAAAAACAAUACCGCCACAAAAAAUCGGAGAUACAGUCGACCAUUUUGGAGAACGAUCGCCAGGAACGAAGACCGGUUUCUUCUGGAAAGGAGAAAGAGAAAGAACUGAAGGAAAAAAAAUCUAGCCGACGUAGGGAAGAGGAAAAAGAAAAGGAUUCCGAAAUUGCCAAGAAAGCCAAACGAACUACUACUACCGACAAAAAGGAGCACAAAGAUGACAACAAAAAGUCCCGCCAAUCGGAAAAAUUGGGCGAAAGGUCGGACACUCGAGCGUCUGCCGAACGUGCCAAACCGUCCGAUGAUGAUCGUGUGCGUGUUUCGACGCGCAUUCGCCAUAAAACGUACAAAAUGAAACUGCUGGAAGAAUCGGUGGAUUAUCAGUUGGAAGCGGAGGAUGCAGCUGCUACCACUGAUGCACGCUCUACCCGAACCACCCGCAAGCGCAAGGACCAAACAUCUACCGAGCGGGAAGAACCGAUCGCUAGAAUAAGUGAAUCGAAGCGACCGAAAUCUGGCCAUCAUCAGCAUUCCUCGUCCUCCUCCUCCACGGUUGCACCGGAGGUGGGCAGAAGGGACCGUCUGCGAAGUACGGCGAGCGACACCAGGAAGAAGGUAGUGGAAACCGCUGCUCAUUUGGAUGUGGGACACGGUGUUACGUCGGGUGGGGCAAGUUGUGGUGAUGGCCUGUUGGGGAAUGUCAGUGUCACUAGCAGUACGGCCAGUGAUGAUUCAGCAGUGGCGGGACGAUCCAUCCGACCGCGGCUAAUAUUCACGAGAAUGAGCCCCGAGCCCUAUCGAAAGUGUAUAGCCCGUGCGGGGGGUAAACUAGUGGACAUACCGGAGCUGGCAACCAUCCUGGUGACUGAUCGAAUCAUUCGCACGUACAAGUUCUUGUGCGCGGUGGCCAAAGGCAUCCCCAUCGUUGGUCAGUCAUACCUGGAUGCGUUGCAGCGUUCCGAGGCGAACGAGCAGAUCAAUCCAUGGGACCACAUACUUUCCGAUCCGGAUACGGAAAUGCGCUACAAAUUUCGUCUUCGCGAUACGCUGCUGAAGGCACGGAAGCAUAAGCUGUUUGAAGACUAUACCGUGUUUGUUACAGCCAGCACAAAACCACCACCCUCGGAACUGUUUCUAAUACUUACGUGCGCCGGGGCAAAAGCAUCGAAACAUUGCAACCAACCAUCAGUAGCUGGAGGUAAAGCGUUCGUCAUCUCCGAUCCUGCCGACGCUGCGUCCUGGGCACGGUACAGGGAACGGUUACCCGGCAUCGAAAUAGUGUCAGCGGAAGGUUUCAUGCUCUCGAUAAUGCAGCAUUCGAAAAAUUUCCAAAAACACCAUCUAAUGUAGGAAGUCGAAAGGUAUCUACCAUUUUACAGAGCAAUGAAAUGUAUGUAUAAGAUUGAACUAUCGCUGUUUUCGAGGAUAUGUGAAUGUGAAUACUUAGGCUUGGUUGUUUUUUUUUUUUGUUCAAGCGUAAAUUUUAGUAUCCAAGUUUUGUCUGUUACAUCGUAGUGUUGCAAUAAUUGAACCUAGCCUCAGUGAGGCCCACGGCAACAACAUGUUAGUAGAUGGUGUUGCGAAAAAUAUUAUUUAAAACAGGAAACAGCUCCGAAUUAUGUUAAAUAUGCUAUGAUAUGUUAUAUGCUAAACUGAGCCAGUGAAAUUAAUGUCUUUUUGAAUCGAA